AUGUCCAACCCAAGUCGCAGAAAGGUAUCCAAAGAAUCUUCUCACGAAAAAUACGAAAAAGAAAAUGAAUCAAUCGAGAAAUCCAAUAGAGUCGCCGAUGACUCCAAAUCGUCCAGGGACGUAUCAUAUCUUCUAUCGUCGUCAGUAACCGGUGCUUCUUCCCUGGUUUUACUUCAACUUGUCAGCAGAAUGGCGACCUUUACUCUACAUCAGGUUGUACUGCGGUUCACCGAUCCGGCCACAUUCGGAAUUGCAUCGGUUCAGCUCGAAUUAUUAUUAGCAACGAUAUUGUUUCUAUCUCGUGAGGGAUUUAGGUGUGCUCUAUUGCGAGGCGGUGAGGACGAAACUCUAAUUGGCGGCGCCGAUGAGCCCGCAAGUUCAUCUACAGAAAAAGUCGUGCCGUUAAAUACCAGUAGAGGAUCUGUGCAAAAAAUUACGAACAUAUCAUGGAUUCCGAUACCUAUUGGGAUGUUCACAACAUUCCUCGCCUGUGCAUUCUACAUAUUUUAUGCCACCGAAGAAGCUCUGGCAACCCCAUAUUAUGUAACAUCAGUGGUCCUAUAUGGCUUGUCGGCUUUCGGAGAACUGAUGGUAGAACCAUUAUAUAUAGCUGCAAUGAAUAAAUUGAUUUUCAAAUUGCGUGUUGGUUGCGAAGGAGGGGGCGUAAUUGUGCGUUGCGUAAUCACACUCGCGUUAACACUUUUGGGAGCAAGUGAUGGGGAAAAGGGGAAGAAUGCGUACGGGAUUCUGGCAUUCGCCGUCGCACAGGUUGCUUAUACACUCGUUUUGACGACGGGUUACAUAGGAUACUUUUUAUCUAACUGGGACAGAAGUCUGCUGAUUCCGCGGAAGCUUCAGGAUGAGAG